AUGGCAGACCCCGCACCAUCACAACCACCACCAACACCCCGAAUCCUUACGACCUCAGUUUCCUCAACAUCCUCUCUUCCCCCUGAAAAAUGGCACUCCCACAUAACAUUCGACCUGAUUAUAACCGUUCUCAACCGCUCAAUUUUUCACCCCUUCAUCGCCUGGAUCGUUGUCCUCUGCCUCCGCGCCCAAGCAACCCCCUACAGCCACCCGGCCUUCCUAGUCGCAGCCGGGUACGCGACGUUCCUCACUAUCAUUGACGUAGCGUUUAUGAUCAGUGAUAGGAUUGCGUUCGGGGCGCUGAGGGAGGUUGAUCUUAGCGAGGAGGUUAUUGUCAUUACAGGCGGCGCGAGUGGGUUGGGGAGGCUGAUUGCGCAGAUUUAUGGGUUGCGUGGGGUGAGCGUUGCUGUUUUGGACAUCGCGGCGGAGGAAGAUGUGAAGGGGUGGGAAGAGGUUUCGGGGGUGGAGUACUAUCAGUGUAAUGUUGGAAUUAGGGAGGAGGUUGAGAGGGCUAGAGAGAGGAUACUGAAGGAUUUGGGCGCGCCAACAGUCCUCGUGAACUGCGCAGCCACUAGGAUCAAUGCACAACCGAUUUUGUCCAUCUCUGCUGAAGCCUUCCAGAGGACCAUCCAGACGAAUCUCAUCGCUAUCUUCCAUACAUGCCAGGUGUUCGUCCCGCACAUGCUAUCCGCCGAGAAUGGAGGUACCAUCGUGAAUGUAAGUUCGGUUCUUGGGCAUCUGUGCCCUGCUGGCCUCGCGGACUACUCGGCAAGCAAGGCCGGUCUUAGCGCCUUCCAUCGCACUUUGGAGACAGAGCUCCGGAUGUCAGGGAAUAGAGAUAAAGUGAAGACGGUGCUGGUAGAACCGGGCCAAAUAGCAACGCCUCUAUUCGACUUCAUCAAAACGCCAAGCGCCUUUUUUGCGCCGGUGCUGGAACCAAAUCGUGUCGCGCACGAUAUUGUCUCCAUUAUAGACAGGGGGGAUAGCGGUAUCAUUCGACUGCCAACAUUCGCUAAGCUCGCCAUCUUUUUUGCCGUGCUACCAGUUGGUGUCCAGCGGAUUGGUCGAUACCUGAGUGGCAUUGACGGUGCUGUACCACAGGAACCAACUCAAAGGAAACCCGGGGUGAAAAAGGAGUAG